GCCUGGCGCAGUCUGGCGCAGUCCCACCAUGACCUCCAGCAGCUCCGUCGUCGGCGUCCUCGUGGCGCUCCUCUGCGCCGCCCUGGAGGACGGCACCGCGCUGGAGCCCCUCAUCGUGACGCCGCCGUACCUGUUCGGGGAGGAGCCACCCACGCCGUCCGCCCUCGCCGCCAGCUACGGCUACCCCACGGAGGAACACGAGGUGGAUAGCGAUGGGUACCUGCUGACCUUGUUCAGGAUCAAGGGCCCCGCCCAGGACGAGGGCCAGAAGGGCAAGCGCAAGGCCUCGACGGCCGAGCCGCCCGCCCUGGAGCCCUUCAUCCUGCACCACGGCAUGGCCGGCAACGCGGCGGAGUGGGUCAUGUUCGGGCCGGGCAAGAGUCUGGCGUACGCCCUGGCGGACGCGGGCUUCGACGUGUGGCUGGCCAGCGGCAGGGGCAGCAAGUACGGCAAGAAGCACGUCCAGCACGCCGCCGACUCCGACGAGUUCUGGGACUUCUCGUGGCACGACCAGGGCGCGGUCGACCUGCCCAACAUCGUGGACUUCGUGCUCAACGCCACCAACUUCAAGCAGACCUGGUACGCCGGGCACUCCAUGGGCAACACCAUCAUGUUCGUGAUGAACGCAGUGAGGCCCGAGUACGACAGCAGGAUCCGCCACCACUUCGCCCUGGCGCCGACAGGCUUCAUGGGCCGGGUCAAGAACCCCAGCGUGGUUGACUUCAAGAACAAGCUGGCCCAGACGGUGGAACUUUGGGACAGUCUGGGGCUGACGCACUUUUCAUCCGAGACGCCGCUGCUGUCGACGCCGCGGGCCGCGCUCUGCGCCAUCUUCAAGGACACCUGCAAGCAGAACUUCUUCUUCGACACUUUCGGCUCCGACGAGAAGCAGAGCUUCGAGGGCCAGGCCGAGAUCACCGGCGCGUACCUCCCGGGGGACUUCUCCGUCAGGCAGGUGGUCCACUACGGGCAGAUCGCCGCGGCAAAUGAGUCUUUCCGCCGGUUCGACUUCGGCACGGCCAACCAGGAGCUGUACAACUCGACGACGGCCCCGGAGUACGACAUGAGUCGCGUCACGGUGCCCGCCACCUUCAUGUACGGCGCGGGCGACGUCCUCACCGUGCCCGAGGACGUGGUGGCGUUCAGCAAGCUGUUCCGGGCCAGCCCGCCGGCCCUGCACCAGGUCCCGUUCAAACUGUUCAACCACGGGGACUUUAUCACGGCACGCGAUCAGCACAAGUACGUCCAUCAGCCCGUGCUGGCCCACGCCAGGCACAUCCGGGAGAAGACAGGAUUCAUUCCGCGAGGCUACUCGGGCAGUCCGGCCGCGGAGGAGAAGGAGAUGAAGAAGACGAAGCGGAAGCUGCAGGCCUGGCUGAACUCGAAGACGGCGCGCGAGGGCCCCAACAUGGUGCACGAGGAGUGAGGCGCGCCCCUGCGCUCCACGCCGAGCGCCUGACGGGGCGACGGCGGGCAGCCAGCGCGACCGCCGGGCCGGAUGGGUUGCCUGCCGCCCGGGCGCGCUGCAGAGGAGACUUGACUUUUGUGGGGAACCACCUUAUUGGAGACGAGAGCGGCACCCCAAGCAUCGACACGGGGUGUCUAGAUCAUGAGCCCAGUCGGUCCUCCUCGCAUACAUCAAUACAGAAUAACAGAAACGA